UCAUUUUUGGGGUAUGGUUGGGAGAUGGUUAAAUAUGCUGUGUUUUCCACAAAUAUUACUUGUCUAAUUCUUACAUGUUUUUUUACAUUGUUUGUUUAUGAAUUUUGUGGUAUUUGGUCCUUUGAUAAUUGCGAUCAUUAGAGCGCUUCGAAUAGGCUACCCCCUGCCGUCCCAUAGCGGUGUCACGGGGGUUAUACGAAGGGCAUCUUAUUCUAUAGAACGUCCUUGGAUAUAUGACCUUUAUCCUCGAUCCUGCUCUGGAAACCAGUCUUUCGAGUCUCCAGUUGGCACGGCACAUCAAAAUUCGCCCACGGCAAGUUUUUUUAAACUGAACGGCUACAUGAAUGAGCAUUCUUGUUCAUAUUCGGCUUAUACAUUUUCGCAAGUCUUCAUUCAUUGCUCAGACUAGAAUCCGUUUAGGAUAUAUAAACAGCUGGCGGCUCAUUGCAACGUUAACUGUGGCGGUUAGGGUCUGGUGACAAGGGUUUAGCUACAGAACCUGAAAGCGAGCAAGCAAGGCAACAAAAUGAGGUAUGUUUAUGGCACCUGCGGCAUUCUAAGGAGGCUUUACAGUACUUACGGCAGCGGGUUUAAGAAAAGCUCAACAUGGACUCCUCAAAAGAAUUCGACACCACAUUACAUUCCAUACGGUGAGGAUGGUUCUGGUUUCUACUCUGACAACGCCUUGGGGUAUUAUAACAUAAUGGAAAACGCCAAACCAAUGGUCAUGGCUGCCAUCAACUCCAUGGAGAUCGACCCGAAACAUGUCUUCAACAUCGUGGACUAUGGGUCAGCUGAUGGGGGGACAUCGAUGCCACUCUUCUACCAGGUCAUUAAAAAGUUACGUGAAAGGUAUGGCGACUCUCCCCCGAUCCACGUGACAUAUGAGGACCAACCAGUGGCGGACUUCAAGUCACUGUUCAUGAGGCUGCAAGGUCUGCUACCAAUGCCGGACAACCAUAGCUACCUGAAGGACUUUCACAACGUGUACGUUGGUGCAUGUGGCAUGUCAUUCUUUGACCAAUGUUUCGAAGAUGGAUUCGUCAACUUUGGGUUUUCCUCCACCGCGAUGCACUGGUUAAGUCGUGGGCCCUGUCCCCUUCCUGACGCCGUGUUCCACAUGGUGAGCAGCUGUGGAGAGGCGAAGGAACAGUUCGCCACACAGGCAGCCCAGGACUGGGAGACUAUCCUGCUGCAGAGAGCAAGAGAGCUGACACCAGGUGGUCAUAUGGUAAUAGUAAAUUGCACCAGUGACGAAAGUGGCUACUAUGGAGGCGGCAGAUGGACGUUUGGACACGUCAACAUGUGCCAAAAACUGUCGUCUUUAUGGCAUAGUUUCGCACAGCGUGGAAAAAUAACAAAGGAAGAGUUCGUCAACACCAACAUGUUUGCAUACUGGCGAUCGCAAGAUGAGAUGCAGGCCCCCUUCGUCAACGAGAACUCACGAGUUCGGAAGGCUGGACUGACAUUGGUGUCCCAGGAGACAAAGCCCACUCCAUGUGCCUUCCAAGCUCGCUGGCAGAAGGAGGGAGGGGACGCGCGCCAACACGCUAAACAGUUUGUGAACAUGUGUCGCAGCUGGAGUAACCACGCAUUUCACGCAGGGCUUUCAAACAAACGCACUGAGGAAGAAAAGGCGGCGAUUCUGGAGUCUUUCUUUAAGGAAUACGAGGACGAAGUUGCUGCAGCUCCAGAAAAACACGACAUGGAAGUCAUGAGCUGUUUCUUACACAUCAAAAGAAACUAAUGAUAAAACAUAUAAAUCAUUAUCAACACGACAU